CCACGCCCCCGGGGGCGGUCCUCUCCGCCCGGCCAUCGGGCGAGCCGGGCGAGCCGGGCCAGUGGGGGCGACCACGGUCACUGCGGAGCUGCCCCUUCCUGCCCGACCUGAGGUUCCAGAAUUCCGCUUCGCAGUGGCCUCAGCACCAAGGAGGAGAUCCAUCCUGCUACCCAGCGGAGUCCGGUCAUGCAGGGACAGGAAGAUGGAGACAGCAUCCUCCCUUUUGCCAAGUGUUCCAGGGUGGUCAGCCGACCUUCCCCCUGUAGCCUGCCUUCCCAGAGUAGCAGACCAAUGCCUCAGUCUUAUGGAGAUGCCUUCUGGGAGAAUCUUAGCCAAAGGUCUAGCUCCAACUGGAUGGAAGAACAGCACAUUCCACCAAUACUGAGGGCCACUGGUUGCUCCCAGCCUGGCCUGCAUCCUCUUGAGGGACUCCCUCCUCCUGAAAAGCUUUGGAGAAGAAAGAGGAGGAAGCUGCAUUUGGAAAGAAUGCAAAAGGGGCCUGGAAACAUUCCAGCCCGUGUCAGAGCUGUUACUUAUCAUCUGGAGGACCUGAGGAGGCGACAGAGAGUCAUCAAUGAACUGAAGAAGGCCCAGUGGGGUAGCUCUGAGGCUACACCUGAGCUCCCAGUACUUGAAGAGGGCUGUGGAUUCCUCAGCACUACUGAAUACCUUGACGUGGAAGAAGAGAAAGGAACCUAUCCACAGGAAGAGAAUUAUUUUGUCACUCCCAGGGAUCAGCUGCUUUGGUCUCCCUGGACUCCCUUAGGCCAGGACGGGACCUAUGCCUCUGGGCGGCUAAGCUCUCUGGCCCACAGCACUGUUACAGCCUGGAGGAACCCCUCUUACAAUCCUCAGAGGAUGGCGUUGGAGUCUGAAGAGUAGUGGAAAAGGGAAACCAUCCAUGCCCGAGCUUCGGGACCCAAGACCAAUUCAAACACAAGACUCUCCUCAUCGGUGGUGUCAAGGCGGUGGUUUCCCUCUCCUAACCCUAACUGUUGUUCACAGCCCACUGGAGUUCCUAUCGAACGGCCCCAUCCUCUCACAGCCGGGUUUCCCCCUAGACCAGACCCUGGUCUUGUGUUCUCUCUGUUGUUAUUAAAGAGUCCGGAGUA